AUGGUCCGCAACAUCGUCGUCCUCGGCGGCUCCUCCCACCCCGAACUCGUCGCAACAAUCUGCCACCAGCUCGGCAUCCCCAACGGCCGCAUCACGCUCUCCAAAUUCGCCGUCGGCGAAACCCGCGUCGAGAUCCAGGACUCUGUCCGCGGCAAAGACGUCUUCGUGAUCCAGUCCGGCUGCGGCCGCGUCAACGACGGCGUCAUCGAGCUCCUCAUCACAAUCUCCGCCUGCAAGACCGCCUCCGCCAAGCGCGUCACCGCCGUCCUCCCCCACUUCCCCUACAGCCGCCAGUCCGACAUCCCCUACAACAAGGUCGGCGCCCCGCUCACAAAGGCCCCCGCAAACUACGGCGGCGGCGCCCGCGGCGGCGAAUACACCUUCGAGUCCCGCCCCGGCACCCCCGGCCCCGUCGACUUCCCCAUCCCCGGCGUCUCGCACGGCGACCUCGAGAAGGGCCUCUCGCGGCUAGCGCUCGAGCGCGGGAUGGAGGCGCCCAGCGGGCCCGGCACGCCCAAGAGCUCGAUGACGCCGCUGCUGCGCCGCAGCAACACGGCCGAGUCGGUCAAUGGGCUGCGGGGCAGCGGGGCGUCGAGCGAGUGGUCGCCGCCCAAGAACACGGGGUACAAGCAGUGGGUUGCGCAGGCGGGCACGCUGGUGGCGGACCUGCUCACGUGCGCGGGCGCGGACCACAUCAUCACCAUGGACCUGCACGACCCGCAGUACCAGGGCUUCUUCGACAUCCCCGUCGACAACCUGUAUGGGCGCCCGCUGCUGCAGCGCUAUAUCAAGUACAACAUCCCCGACUACCAGAACGCCGUGAUUGUGUCGCCGGAUGCGGGUGGCGCGAAGCGCGCGACGGCGAUUGCGGAUGCGCUGGGGAUGGAGUUUGCGCUGAUCCAUAAGGAGCGCCGCCCCACACGCAUCACGGACCGCCAGAACGCGACCAUGAUGCUCGUCGGCGACAUCGCGGGCAAGGUUGCGAUCCUGGUCGACGACAUGGCCGACACGUCCAACACGAUCACGCGGGCCGCGAAGCUGCUGAAGGGCAAGGGCGGGGCGACCAAGGUGUAUGCGCUCGUGACGCACGGCGUCUUCUCCGGGGAUGCCAUUGAGCGCAUCAAUGCGAGUGCCCUGGACCGGGUCGUGACGACAAACACGGUGCCGCAGGAUGAGAACCGGAGGAGGUGCCAUAAGUUGGAGGUUUUGGACGUGGGCGAGGUCUUUGCGGAGGCUGUGAGACGGGUCCACCAUGGAGAGAGUAUCAGUGUGCUGUUCAGGAACGAGUAG